AAAUGUCUGUCCCUGAGCCAAUGAACUAACCAACUACUGUGUCCAGAGGAAUGCAAUGCUCUGGUGCCAAUCAUCCCUGGUUGCAGGUUAACUGUGUCCAACCAUCAGGAAAGUGGGUCUGGGGAGGACAAAGGGGAUAAGAGGAGCUGAAUCCUGGAAACAGCAUUUGAAUCCCUGGUCCAGUUGCUCCUGAAGUCAGCCCUACCCUAGUUUCCAUAUUUUCCAUUAUGUGAAACUCUCUCUUUGCUUCAGCCUGUUUGGGUCUGGGUAUGUGCUGUUACUUCUUUCAACAAAAGGAGUUCUGAUUUAAAAGAUAGAUGUCCAUGCACAGCAGAGUUCUAUAUUUGCCAAAGAAAAAUGUGUGUAUGGUAGAAAGAGAGUGAGAAAGCGAGUCUGGAAUGAUAUACACAAAAAGUAACAUGUGCAUCUGGGCAGCAGGAUUAAAGGUAAUUUUUCUUUUCUGUGUUCUAGUUGUGAUUCAGUGGGCACGAAUUGCUGUAUGAUGCUGGGGAGGUGUUUGUGAUUCUUGACAAAGUCAUUUGAAUCUAUCACUUCAAGAGAGUGAAAGGAGCCCCGUCUGAUCUGUUGGUGUUGUAGGAAGAAACAUGAGUCAGCCAAACACCAGUGGUGACUGCCUGUUUGAUGGCGUCAAUGAGCUGAUGAAAGCCCUGCAGUUCGCAGUCCACAUCCCCACCUUCGUCCUGGGCCUGAUCCUCAACCUGCUGGCCAUCCAUGGCUUCAGCACCUUCCUGAAGAACAGGUGGCCCGAUUACGCUGCCACCUCCAUCUACAUGAUCAACCUGGCGGUCUUUGACCUGCUGCUGGUGCUCUCCCUCCCAUUCAAGAUGUCCCUGUCCCAGGUACAGUCCCCCUACCCGUCCCUGUGCACCCUGGUGGAGUGCCUUUACUUCGUCAGCAUGUACGGAAGCGUCUUCACCAUCUGCUUCAUCAGCAUGGACCGGUUCUUGGCCAUCCGGUACCCACUCCUGGUCAACCACCUCCGGUCCCCCAGGAAGAUCUUUGGGAUCUGCUGCACCAUCUGGGUCCUGGUGUGGACUGGGAGCAUCCCUAUCUAUAGUUUCCAUGGGAAAGUGGAAAAAUACAUGUGCUUCCACAACAUGUCUGACGAUACCUGGAGUGCCAAGGUCUUCUUCCCACUGGAGGUGUUUGGCUUCCUCCUUCCCAUGGGCAUCAUGGGCUUCUGCUCCUCCAGGAGCAUCCACAUCCUGCUGGGCCGCCGAGACCACACCCAGGACUGGGUGCAGCAGAGAGCCUGCAUCUACAGCAUUGCAGUCAGCCUGGCUGUCUUUGUGGUCUCCUUCCUCCCAGUCCACCUGGGGUUCUUCCUGCAGUUCCUGGUGAGAAAUGGCUUUAUCGUAGAGUGCAGAGCCAAGCAGAGCAUCAGCUUCUUCUUGCAAUUGUCCAUGUGUUUCUCCAACGUCAACUGCUGCCUGGAUGUUUUCUGCUACUACUUUGUCAUCAAAGAAUUCCGCAUGAACAUCAGGGCCCACCGGCCUUCCAGGGUCCAGCUGGUCCUGCAGGACACCACGAUCUCUCGGGGCUAACAGGACAUCCUGUUCAGGGGAAGGAAGCCCUGGCCCUGAAUUCUAGUAACGGAUAUUGCGUUCCAGGGUUUCGAUGUGGAGGGAUGAUCCACGCCAUCUUUACUGAUGUGCUUCCCUUUGAUGCCCACUGAGUGCCAGCUUUGCUCAUUGUACCCCAAAGACCUUUUUUCCAGUGCCCAGACAGCUCCACAUAUACCACCCAGUGUUCAGGGAUCUCUGAAGAACCCACAAACCAGGUCAAUUACUGAUUUCUAAGUCCAAAAACUAUACAGCACAAGAAUUGAGAAAGAGAAUGAGACCAUGUGAACAAGGCUGUUUCCAACUCUCCCCAUUUUCCUGUUCGACUGGGAGGUUCUGGAAAGAAAGAGAGAGAAAGGGAGAGGACGUAGAGGAGGGAGCCAAGAGAGUCAGUUAUGGGGGAGAGUGUCUUGGGCAGAGGUGGGGUGGUAGGGAUGAAUGAAGCUCCUUUUUAGUUUGGGUGUCCCAGGACGGAGCAGACUUGCAUUUUCCAGUCCCUUCUGGAGCUGUGUUGCCAAAAGCCUCACUGAGAUGACAGCAAGUGAGAGUGGUGUUGGGGCUGGGCAAGUAUGCAUGGAUCACCCCAUGUUUCCAGUGGGCCUCAGAAAGGUGAAGGAAGCCAGCCACCCCUUUCUGUGCCCAUGAGAAGACUGCAGAAUGACUGAGUGGGGGUGUUGAUGACAUCCAAGAGCCAUGAGGGGAGGGGAGAGAACACUCCUGGGGAAGGAAUAAGACAGGCCCAGGGCUGGAAGCACACAGCCCCUCCCCCACUACCAUCAGGGUGUCCACAGCAGGGAGUGUUGGUACUGGCCCCAGGCGAGGAGAGGCAGUGGGAGAUGGCCUGGGAGAGGGGAGACUCCUGACCUGCUUUCUAUCUUGAACAGACUGGGAAGCUGCUCAUUCCAUCUAGCUUGCUUGAAAACAACGGCAAAGAAUCAGGCCUGCCUUGGUUCCACCAUAGGAGGGUGGAGGAGGUGCUGUCUUACUCACCUGCAUCCUGGCUGGGCAGUUGGCACUGCCCAUGGAACCGUUCCUCCCUGGCAGUUGGGAGGGAGAAGAUGAGGCAGCCAGGCACAAGGGUGUGGCCUUGAGAAAGAAGGCAAGGCGGGGGGUCCCUGCAGGUCCCAGGAAACUGUAAACAAUUGAGUCAUUCCUGGAUGGCUUCUCGAAGAAUCUGGAGGAGUGCAAGUGACAGCGGAAGCCUCCCAGUGACUCAGCUGCUCCGGAGAGUGAGAUGAUGAGAAGGAUCCACUGUGGGGUGGUUUUGCAUGACAGAGCAAGUGGGGUGAGGAGUAACUGAUGAGACUCCAUGUGAGCAAGGUCUUUAGGAGGAAAAGCAACUGCGGUCUACUUGUAGGAUCUGGGCUCAGUGGGGGCGGAAGGGCUUGGGAGGGGUGGCGGCCUGAGGGGAAGAAGAGAGGCAUUUGGAUAAACCAGGACCUGUGGGGAGGAGGAGGAAGAGGAGGAGGAAAAGGAGGGGAAGCUGAGCAUUGGCCCUAGGCUUGAAGCCUGCAGGGAGUGCUGGAUAGGUGGGGAACCUGGCCGAGCUGCUUCCUGCCUGAGAGCCUUUCCUGGCUGGCCUAAGAGCCAUGGACAGGCAGGAGUUGCCUUCUCAGGAGCAGCCCCCACUGUUGCUGUGCUCAGGUGGCACUCUGUACACCUCCUCCUAGGUGGAUGGAGGGAAGGGUGAGGAAGAGAGCGUCAAUGAAGGGGUGGAAGUGGAUGUGGAGGAGUGACCAGACCAGACCAGACGAGAGGAAUCAGAGGCUCAGGCCCCCUGGGCUGGGCCUCUAGGAACCACAGCCACAGAGUCAGGCUCUGCAGACCCAGAGGUAAGGCUGCCUGACUGCCCCAAGUCCCAGACACACUCCUCUCCUUGCCUGCAGGCUGCCCUGUCCCAUGGCUACCGUAGACCGAGACACCACCCAUGAUACUCUAAGGAAGCCAGACUUUUGCAUGCAACAGGGCAUUUGGGACUCAGAGUCCACGGGUCAGAGUCCACGGGUGGUGGAAUUAGGGACAACCCUCCUCCCACUUCUUUCUCUGCAUGAGGAGUUGGGAGCCUGCCUGGUGGAGCUGAGUGAUGCCCUUCAUGUGCACUUGGGUCUACCAAUGUGCUUAGGGCCAGAUGGGCUUCCUAAGAGACAGGGGUGGGUGGACCUGACCUCCUAUCAUCCCCAGCGAUGUUCAAACAUAAAAUCUUAUCUACGUGCAGCAUGACUCUGUCCAGGUGACAGAAAGGGCUCCAGACUGCUGAGAGGAACUGACCACGUAGGGAGGGACGGGGAGGGGGCCAGGACCCAUGAGGUGCAUGACUGUAAGAGGUAGGUCCUCGGAGGGUAUCAGCAGUCUCAGUGUGAUGUGACAACUGGGACCUGGGAGGGAGCCAGGACCCAUGAGGUGCAUGACUGUAAGAGGUAGGUCCUCCGAGGGUAUCAGCAGUCUCAGUGUGAUGUGACAACUGGGACCCAUGGGUGGGCCCUGAGGACCCCGACCCAUCCCAAAACACUGUGGGAAGAAGGGCCUCUUCUCCAUGGGGACCCGUGUCUGUGGGAGCGGGCACAGGUCCAUGCUGCAGGCCACUAUGGCUGCUCAGCAGGAAGGCCGAGAGUUUGGACCCACACGGCUGCAACCCAAGUUGGCCCAUAAUCAGCAGUGGGGCCCAGUGGCACAGGAGGGGCGGAGGGUUAGCACUGGAAAAAAAGACUUGAUUAAUCUGAUUUGCUAAAUAAAUAGAUUCAUGUGAUGCCAUGUGA